AAAAAGCCUGGCCCAACCGCUUCGGUCCUUUGAAGCUUUCACCAAGGCACGUCCUUUUUCUCCCCUCCCAGCAUAGAGGUUUUGGUAGGGUUUUUUGGUCCAGACUCCGGAGCCAUUACUGUCUUCGCCCCUCUCAGUUGUCUUCGCAGAACCUGACACCUACUGAUUCAGCUUUUCCCAGCUACAUCUAUGGCGAAGAAGCGGAAGCAUAGCGAAACAGCGUUGGCGGCGGCGGCACCUCAAAAGAAAGAGGAAGUUGCUCCCGAGCGACCCAAAAGAACCCUUCUUGGAUGGAAGGACAAAGAGGCUGCUGCCGUUGUUGCUCCUGCUGAAGACAAAGACGAUGAAGUUCAUCAGCCUGCGAAUUUCAGGAAUAAAGAGAAGGUUUUGGUCACUUGCUCCCGCCGAAUCGCUUACAGGUACCGGCACCUGAUGUUGAACGUGGUUUCCCUGCUUCCCCAUUGUAAGAAAGAUAACAAGGUUGAAUCCCAAAGCAGCAAAGGGGUUGCACUCAGUGAGAUGGUUGAGCUAAAGAGCUGCUCUUCCUGUUUGUUCUUUGAGUGCAGGAAGCACAAAGACUUGUAUCUAUGGAUGGCAAAGUGUCCUAGUGGACCAUCGGUGAAAUUCCUAGUUAAUGCUGUGCACACAAUGGAAGAGCUGAAGCUUACUGGGAAUCAUCUAAAAGGAUCACGCCCACUUUUAACUUUCUCAGCUAAUUUUGACAAAGAUGCCCACUGGAAGCUUUUGAAGGAAAUGAUUACUCAGAUAUUUGGAGUUCCAAAAGAGCACAGGAAAUCCAAGCCUUAUCAUGAUCACGUCUUUGUCUUCUCCAUUGUGGAUGACCAUAUAUGGUUUCGCAAUUACCAGAUAUCAGUACCUCACAAUGAAGCGGAUAAAGUGGCUCGUGGAGGCCUGGACAAGAUGACCCUUGUUGAGGUCGGUCCAAGGUUCUGUUUGAACCCUAUCAAGAUCUUCGGUGGCAGUUUCGGCGGCCCAACUCUGUAUGAGAAUCCAUUCUACAUAUCUCCCAACCAGAUAAGGGCUCUGGAGAAGCGGAAGACUGCCGGGAAAUAUGCCAAGAAGGUCAAAGCCAAGACGAGAAGGAAGGUGCACGAGUUAUCGAAUCAGCUGGAGGCUGGCGAAUUUUCUGAGAUGUGGAAGGACCAGUGAGUAGAGUCUUGGGCAGGUUUCUUAGAUGAAAGCUUUUUGACAGCAUCUGUUGUGUUAUACAUCACAAAACAUUCAAUUACUCUGUAUUCAGCAUUAUGAUUUAUGACAUGAGUUAUCAGCAGGCAGCAGCACAGCUGUUUUCCUUCUCCACAAUUCAUGUCUGUUAAAGCAAGUUGGAAUUGGUUUCUUCAUUCACACCAUUCCUCAUCUUGCCAGCCAUCUCUAUCAACUAUUAAGAUAUC